UAGAAGAAGAAGAGAGAGACUCUAAAGAUACAAGAUUAACUCUUAUGGAAGAAGUUCUUUUGCUUGGACUCAAGGAUAAAGAAGGAUACACUUCCUUCUGGAAUGACUGUAUUAGUUCUGGACUAAGAGGAUGUAUUCUGAUAGAACUGGCAAUCCGAGGAAGGAUAGAGUUGGAACGAGCAGGAAUGAGGAGGAAGGGACUUUUAACCAGGAAAAUAAAUUUGAAGAACGCUGAUCCUUGUGGUGAUGUUCUACUAGACGAGGCUCUCAAACAUAUCAAGGAAACCAACCAGACAGAGACAGUUCAGACCUGGAUAGAGUAUCUUAGUGGGGAAACAUGGAACCCUCUGAAACUAAGGUACCAGCUGAAGAACGUUAGGGAGAGGUUGGCCAAGAACCUUGUCGAGAAAGGGGUUCUCACCACCGAGAAGCAGAACUUUCUUCUCUUUGACAUGACGACCCACCCCAUCACCGACAACCUCCAGAAGACGAGGUUGGUGAAGAAGGUUCAGGAGUCCGUCCUCAGUAAAUGGGUCAAUGAUCCUCACAGGAUGGAUAAAAGAACUCUAUCCUUGAUAUUUCUGGCGCACAGCUCUGAUGUUCUAGAAAACGCAUUUGCCCCCCUCAGUGAUGACGAUUAUGAUGUAGCAAUGAAACGAGUCAGGGACCUCCUUGAUCUUGAUAUAGAGGCGGAGUCUGCUAAGCAAGGAACCAAUGAACUGAUGUGGGCAGUCUUUGCAGCCUUCACCAAGUAGAUAUCCUCUACUCUCAUCACACAGUUCAACAUAUGGUUAUUAAAGAUCACAUUUUCAGACCAAAACAGCUGUUCCAAAUAUUUCAACUGUGCUAUUUAAAUCAGCUGUUCUGUUCAAAUCAGCUGUUCUGAAUAUUUCAGUUUUUCUGAUUAAAUCAUCUGUUUUGAUCAAAUCAGCUGUUCUGAUAAAAUCAGCUGUAUUGAUUAAAUCUGUUGUUCUGAUUAUAUCAGUUGUUCUGAUUAAAUCAGUUGUUCUGCUUAAAUCAGCUGUUCUGAUUAAAUCAGUUGUUCUGAUUAAAUCAGUUGUUCUACUUAAAUCAGCUGUUAUGAUUAAAUCAGCUGUUCUGAUUAAAUCAGUUGUUCUGAUUAAAUCAGUUGUUCUGAUUAAAUCAGUUGUUCUGAUUAAAUCAGUUGUUCUGCUUAAAUCAGUUGUUCUGCUUAAAUCAGCUGUUCUGAUUAAAUUAGCUGCUGUGGUUAAUUUAGAUGUCUGAUUAAUUCAGCUGUCCUGAUAAAAUCAGUUUUAUUUUGACAAAAUCAGCGAUGCUGUUUGGAUCAGUUAUCAUCAGAUGAACAAAUCAGACUUUUUAAACUAAGCUGUUUUUAAAACAAUAGCUGUUAUGUACAACUAAGCUGUUGUGUAUAAACCAACAUGACUAGUGAGUAGAGACUACCUGUUCUGCUGAUCGAUAUCCAUUAUUCAGUAGUGUACUUGAUAAACGCCUUUAUUCUGAAUUUGCACAAAAUUUAGGUUUUUUUAUGCAAAAAGUCAAAAACCUCCUCGAAAUUUAAUCAAUCCAAUCAUUCCUUUUUGCUGAAGUUUAUUCCCCAUAAAAUCCUUAAUUAAUUGCAUUUACAUUUUUCUUCAUGUUAACAGUUUCAAUAUUACCUUAAAAUUCUAGAUUUUCUUUAGUGAAAGGCUUAACCCGUGAUAUUUUGUAUUCAUCAUUUAUCAGCUCGGAACUUUAUGUUUUCACUUUGGAUAAACUUGUAUUUUUGACUUCAUAUAAAUAUUUGGUUUUGGGUUUUUAGUAUUUAACGCUUCAUAGAUACAAGCAAGGGUCCACAAACCUUUCAGUAAAAAAACACUGAGAAUUUUCAGCGGCAGCUUGUUUUUCUUUUAAUCGAAAAGGUGCAAAAAUGGUUUGUGGACUUCUAUAUCGCAGGAUUAUAUAUACUUAUACUGUUAAACGUACUUUGAGUACAUGUGAGGAAUGUGUAUCCAUAUAAUUAAACAUAGAAAAAUAGUAUGUAAUGCUUUUAAAAACUUUUUUUUGUAACGAUCCGAAAAAUUUUAGAUUUCAAGUUUUAUUUUCAAUAUGAUUUUUGAGACGAACAGAAAUUGCAUUUUCCAUCCAUCACAUUGUUUUGAGUGAAACGACAAAUAAUUAUAAAAACUAUUUAUCUGUUU